AUGGAAUCUGAUUCCCAGGUAAGGGAAGUUAAGAAUUGUGAAAGAGAAAAUACUAAAAAGCAAUUAGAUGACCUUAAUAUUUCAAAUGAUACAAUAUCUGAGUCAUUUGACUCAUCUAAAGUAGAAACAUCUUUAAAGGCUGCUAUUAAAGCAUUUGAAAAAGAUAUAGAGAAUUCAUCAAAUGCUAAAAUCCUACCUGAGGAUAUAAAGGUCAUUUCAGGACUUUUUGAUGUAUCCCUAAUUGAUGCCGAAAAUACUUUGAAAGUUAAUGAUGGUAAUUUGAAUAAGACUAUUGAAUCACUAAUGUUGGAUUUUUCUGAAUUUCGGAAUUCCUUUAAAAAAUUUAUGCGUUUAUAA